AUACGGGACCACCCGCAUACAAUGGUUACUAUAAAGGGGGGUACUGUAAUGGAGGCGGGCUGGGCCGGCGGGUGUCACAUCUAGACGAGCUCAUUGCCAAGAUCAGGGGUAAGCACGAGGCUGAUGAGGCUAGAGAAAAAGCCGUACGAGAGGAAGAGGAAAAGAAGAAGAAGAGAAGGAAGAGGAGGAUAGGCGGUUGAAGGAGAAGAAAGGCCGGGAGGAGAUGCACUCCAUUUUUGCUAAAGAGCUGAUUUCGAAGUUAGAUGUGAUCAGCAGCGCAGUGGGGAAAAAGGACAAAGACAAAGGAGAUGACGAAAUUGCCAAGUUGCGAGAAGAGAUCAAAUGAUUGAAGAAUAGUCAACACGGGAACUCUGCAACGUCUACACAAAAAGGGAAGAUGAGCAAAGACAAAGGAGAAGACGGAGUAGCGAGACAGCGUGAUGAGAUCGAGAAGAUUAAGAGGAACCAACAAGAAUGGGCUGCGUCGACCUCGGUGAGUGACAAGGAGACUGUUGACCUGCUGAAGAAGGAGGUGGCCGAGCUGAAGUCAGCCUCCGAAAAAAGGUUUGGCGCGCUCGAAGAAGAGAUAGCCAAAGAGAGGAGAUUACAAGACGAGGCAGUGGCAGACGCCGAAGCUUGGAAAAACGAGGCGCUUCGACCCGGUAAGAAACAGGGAAACCUGGCCGUCGAAGCUACUCCAGUCACGCAAGCGAGAGUGCGGGCACGCACAGUGCAAGGAGCGACGCCAGAUGCGACGAGAUUGAGGGUAGACGAGCACUACAAGAGUGUUGUGAAGCGACAUGGGAUGGAGGUGGAUGUCUUGCAAGAAAUGAGAAUGAAGGAGGUGAAAGCUCGGCGCGAAGCGGAGGAAGACUUGAAGAAAAUUAGAGCACAGAAAGCUUGCGAUGACCUGGAGAUCGAAAGGCUGCACGAGCGGAUGAAGAAGUUGGAAAUGGAGAAAAGGCAACAUGGAGGAGCCACUAACCUGAAGUCCCGACGAGAUAGAUGAGGUGGCCGGGGGUUCGACACGGAUGACCGAUAGGGCGAAGGGAGUUAGCCCGGCUGACCUGAUGAGUGAUCGUGAGAGGUUUUUGAGGAAGACGAGGAAAGAUUUGAAAGGUAUGCGCAAGGAGGAGAUCUUGACGAUUUGCGACAAAGAAGGAGGUACGUAUGAAAAGCUUGAUAUUACAAGAGAGGAGAUCGCCAGAGUACGUACUGCUAGAGAAUUCGAUAAUGAAGACAAUGGGGGAGA